UAUUAUUGUCCACCGAGUUAAAAUAAUAUAAAUUUGACCUUGUCAGUUGCUUGCACACAUGUAUUAAUUAUAUAUGUUUAUAUACAUGUAGAUGAUUCUACCUAAGUAGAAAUGUUACAAUUUAAGGCGUGCAGUAGCUUUCAUGGUGUCAAAUGUCUGCGGAAAAUACAAAUAAGACUGCGAUAAUAGAUGAUAGAUGAAGUAGGUGUCUGGCAACCAUUCAACUGAAGGCAUAUUAAUGCAAUAAUAACAUCAAGAUUGUCUAAAGACGUUUGUUAUCUUAUUUGCAAGUAUGCGCGUUUUUAGUAAAUAUAAGACCGAUAACGUUGAACGAUUUAUCGACCUCAUGAUAAGUUAAUAAACAAUGUCGUCCCAACAAGUGGGUUCUGGGUAUAUAAAUCAUCGGACUCUUCGAAAUAACCGACUAAAAGUGAAUGCAUUGCACUAGAUACAUUUACUCCUCAAAGGAAAAAAUGACGAAUAUGAAAAUUGUUUUUAUAUUAUUGGUGACAGUUCUAAAUUCGAUUAAUAGUUUACCAACAUUGGGCAUUUAUAAUGAUUUACCUCAAUCGGGCCUUACUAAAGAAGUAAUUAACAUUUUAAAGAACUUGGGUCUUAAUCCACCUUUGUCGAAUUCUUCUCCUUUUUCAAAAACUAAUCCCUCGUCCAAUACUCCACCGGCAUCGCCUUCUACCUUACUCCCGUUUACGAAUUAUAAUCCACCCCCGCAGUUACCACCGUUAAGUCCCAAUCCCACGGACUCAAAUAGUGAUUAUUUGGUUACCCCAUCUAUUUCGACUCCAGAUUCUGAAUCAGCGCCUUUACCCUCAACGGCCUCAAAUCAACAGUCCAAUCUCGACCUAUUAUUAAAUUUUAACAGGAACGCCCAAAAUUCAUUAGUAUCGGGUUUGUCUCAAAAAACUGUUCCGAAUUCAUAUUCAAAUCCAACUGAGCUGCUACAAUCUUUUCUGCGUCCUCCAAUCAUUGAUACGUUGCCUACGAAAACCAAUCCAGCCAUAGCUUCUCCUUUAGAUCCAAGUUCUGCACCAUCACCAAACCUUCCACAGUCUCUAAGCCCGAGUUCAAAACUGGUAUCAUUGGAACCAAUGACUUUAUCGUCUAAAAUGAAUGAAGAAAUACUAAAACUAUUAUCAGGUUCUCCACCGACGCCUCAACAAGAACCUAUUAAAACCUCUAACCCUGAUAGUAUACCUAAUCCAGAUUCACCUUCAAUUAUUCCUCCGAGUUCAAUCGAUUUACCUAGUACUUCUACAGAUUCACUACCGCCACCACCACCAACACCGCUGCCACCGCCACCACCACCAACACCACCUUCAACACCACCAACACCUGAUGCAUUAAUCGCAAAUCAGCUGUUAAAUAUCUUAGUCACUUCACCAAAUGUGAUGAAAGAAAUGACCAGCAUCCUUCAAAAUGUUUCUGCUCAGAACUCAAAUUCAAAACCUUCGCUGACUGACGCUAAUUAACAACCACCAGCGGAUAAAUAUUCUCUAAACUAAUCAUCAGUUUUACUUUGCAAUUAACAAUAACGCCAAUGGAUCUUAAUAUUUUAAAUAUUUAAAAUACUGUAUAAUAAGCUAUAAUAAUACAUUUCUUUAUUUUUAUA